AGAGCCUCCAGCAAGCAGCAGCUGGAAACGGGGAAGAGGGAGCAGACAGGAAGCGGGAGGCCAGCUGUACACCCAGGAAAAUAGAACUUCUACCCUGAGAGGAGUCAAAGAGGAGGCAGAACUAUGGCAGGAAAGUUCCGGAAGUCCCAUAUCCCUGGGGUGAGCAUCUGGCAGCUGGUGGAGGAGAUCCCUGAAGGCUGCAGCACGCCGGACUUUGAGCAGAAGCCCGUCACCUUGGCUCUGCCAGAGGGGAAAAAUGCUAUCUUUCGGGCUGUGGUCUGUGGGGAGCCCAGGCCCGAGGUGCAUUGGCAGAACUCCAAAGGUGACCUCAGUGACUCCAGCAAGUACAAGAUCUCCUCCAGCCCUGGCAGCAAGGAGCAUGUGCUGCAGAUCAACAAGCUGACAGGUGAGGACACGGAUCUGUACCGCUGCACAGCAGUAAAUAUGUACGGAGAGGCCACGUGCUCAGCGAGACUCACCGUCAUUGAAGUUGGCUUUCGGAAGAAUCGGAAGAGACACAAGGAACCACAGGAAGACCUCAGGAAGGAGCUGAUGGACUUCCGGAAGUUGCUGAAAAAGAGGGCCCCACCAGCCCCUGAGAAAAAGAUAGACCUUGAGCAGGUAUGGCAGCUGCUGAUGACGGCAGACAGGAAGGACUACGAACAGAUCUGCAUGAAGUACGGCAUCGUCGACUACCGUGGCAUGCUGCGCAAGCUACAGGAGAUGAAGAAGGAGCAGGAGGACAAGAUGGCACAGUACAUCAACGCCAUCUCCAGCUUAAGACACAUCAGGGUCACCAAGGAUGGGAUUGCAAAGUUUGACCUGGAGCUGGAUCUCAAGGAUUCUCAGAGCAAGAUUUACCUGUAUAAGGAUGGUGAGAUGAUCCCCUAUGGCUUCAACAACCAGACCAAGCACUGUCUGCGCCGGCUGGGAAAGCGUUAUGAGUUCCAGAUCCAAGACUUGAGGCCUGAGGACUCUGGCAUUUACCAGGUCAAGGUGGAGGAUGCUGUGGUCUUCUCCACAGAACUGGAGGCCAGUGCCAUACCCCCAAGAGUGGUGGUCCCACUGGCGGAGACCCACUGUGAGGAGCACGGUGACGCAGUCUUCGAAUGUACCUUCUCCAGCCCCUGCCCUAGUGCAGCCUGGCAUUUCCGGCACCGGCUACUCCACCCCAGUGACAAAUAUGAAGUGUUUGUGUCCCCCGACGGGCUGACCCACCGGCUGGUGGUGAGGGGCGCCCGUUUCUCAGACAUGGGCCCCUACUCGCUGGGCACUGGGCUCUACACUUCCAGCGCCUGGCUGGUGGUUGAAGCUGGGAAGGAUAAAGACCUUCAGUCCACAAGUGCUGACCACCAGCUACAGAGGCAAGGAGCCCAGGCCUCAGGAGCAGAAGAGUCUGGGAGCAUCAACAGCCAGGGAGAGAAAUUCAGAGAGCAGGACCCCAGUGGGGGCUCCCUUGGGGGGGCAGGGAUGGCUUCUGGGUUCCAGCACAUAGCCAGCCCAGACAGGGAUGGCCUUGGCAGACAUGGCUACUCCUUGAUGGAGGACAAGGGGGCAGCUGACUCAGCCUGGGGCCCUGGACAGGAAGGCGAAGGCUUUCUAGAAGCAGAGGGAAGCGGAGUCACUCUUUCCAGGGAAAGUCAAUCUGGCAGAGAGGGAGGCUGGGCUGAAAGCCUUGCAGAGAGGCCCUAUCUACAGGGAGAGAGCUCAGAAUCAGGGUUGGGCCUCCCAGAAAAACGACAGCAAGAUCGUGGCAGAGACAGCAAUGGUGAUGAAUGCUGGAGGACAGCAGGAGGCUGGGAGGCUGGGUCCAGUCCGCUUCAGGCUGGAGGACGGGGGAGCAGCAGGGAAGGAAAGGAGCACAGAGGGGAUAGUGGAAGACAACUGGAUAGGCACGCCCCGGAGCAACUGUGGGAUGCUCAACUGAGACCUGGGAGAGGAAAGAGUGACAUGCAGGGCUACGAGUCUGAUUCUGUAGGGUCCUGGCCAAGAGGAAAGCAGAUAAAGAUUUCACAGGGUGACAGCUUGGCUGAGAUGGACAGAGGGGAUGCUCCAAGUAGGGAAAGAAGGAGAGGAGUAGUAGUGUGGGGUAGUGGGACUGGCCUGGGAGAAGCUGGAGACAGCAAUGGGGCGGGAGGUCCUGGCACCCUGGAGUUUACUGGAGGAAGAGGUUCUGGCUCCAAGGCAGGUAUGGGCCCUGAAUCCUGGGAUUCUCAGGGAGGUAGAGAUACUGACUAUGGGGAAGCCUGGGGCUACUGGGAGUCAGGAGAGUUUCUAGGACAGACACUUGGAGGCAAGGACUUCCAGGAACCAUCAAUAUCAGGUGGUAGAAAAUUCCUUCUGGGAGAUGGGAGUCCUGAGAUCAAAGCUGAAGACUCACGGCAGGAGGCAGAUGGUCUGUGCAGGGGGGAAUCUGUAGUUGGAGGAAGUGUCUACAAAACUGGCCCUGGAGGCCCAGGAGACCCCAGAGGCUGCGAAGGUGGCCUACAGAAGCUCAGGGGAAGGGAUGACCAGGAAACAGCUUGGGCCUCAGGUGAGAUAGGGGAUGACCCCAGAAGCUUCCAGUCUUCCCAGGAGUGGACAGCAGGUCACAGAGCAGCAGGGGGUGUUGGCAGAAUAGAAUCUAAGGGCACAAGUCCUUGGGAUGACACACCAUCUAGCCUCAGAAAAACUGGAGCCCACUAUGGGUCUAGAGUGCUGGGACCCAGUGGAGGGCAAGAGGGUAUGGGUGGUACCCAGGUGGCUGGACUGACAGAGUCUGGUCAGGGGGUGGAUGCCAGAAGCUGUGGGCUAAGUAGGUCUCCAGGCCUGGGUGCUCAGGGAUCUGGGGGGAUACUGGGAGAUACAGAAGGAUUAAGAGGUCCUGGGUCAAUAGGGUCUGAACCAGAUUUCUGGAAUGGGUCAGGGAGCUCCAGAGUAAAAGGACCCAGAGGCUAUAAGGAUGACUUGGAAGGUCCUGGGAGAAUGGAAUCUAGGUACGAGGGUGGCUUAGGAUAUUCUAGGGGAAUAGGCCCUAAAAGCGGGGCUGGUUACAGCUAUGGCUCAGGGGUUCCAGGAGAAAUGGGGUCUGGCCAUGGUGCUGGUUGUAGAGUUUCCCCUAGGGCACCUGCGGGAAUGGAGUCUGAGGAAGGGGGUGCAUACAGGAAUGGCUCUGGGGUGCCUGGGGGAGUGUGGUCAGGAAACAAAGAAUCUGGCCCUGCAGGAGGAGGGUCUGGGAGAAUUGCCAGUCUUAAGAAUGGCUCAGGUGGUCCUGAUGGAGCACCCGUGGAUGACAUCAGGAAUUGGGCCUCUGCACGCCAGGGCGGCAUGGGACCUAGGGGAGGGCGCCAUUCAGAUGGCAGCCUAGGGAGUCCUGAGAUGACGGGGUCUGUGGGUAGAGGUGGUCUCAAGGCCCCUGGAGUAGUGGAGACUGUUGGGAUGGGAUGUGUGGAAGCAGAACCAGAGAGCUCUGGAAGAAUAAGGCCUUGGAGUCAGACUGGCUUCAGAGCCUCAGAGGCCCUGGAGGCCUUUGGAGAAGGAGGCUAUAAAGAUGGCUCUGGGGGUCCAGAAGCCAUGGAACCAGGGUCUCUGAGGGCAGGGAGCAAAGUGGGUGAGGGGGAUGGGACAAGAUGCCCUGGUGCUAGGGCCUCUGGAGCUGGAGCUGAUUACAGGAAUGAUACCAGGCACCCUGAGGCACUUGCACCUCACACUGGGGCUGCUUCUGAGAGCCAGUGGGCUUAUGGGGCUGGCAAUGUGCUGGGUUAUGAGGAUGGAUCAGAACUUCCAGGGCCUCAGGGAACUGGGGUCAGAACAGCCUAUGGAGGAGGGUCAAGGGGCCUUGGGCCUAGGAGUACAGGACCAGGGGGUGAGGCGGGCUUUAGAGAGAGUUCAGGGGACCUCCAAGGAAUGGGAUCAGCAGAUGGGCCGGGUUGUAGGAAGGGUAUUGGGAGUUCGGGGGAAAUGGGGUCAGUGGAUAAGGAAGGUUACAGGGAAGAUUUGGGGACUCCUGAGAAUAUGGGUUCGGGGAGCAAGGCUGCUUAUAGGGAUGGUGUAGGGGGUUCUGGGGCAAUGGGGUCAAUGGAUGAAGCAGAUUAUAGGAAAGAUUUAGGGGCUCCUGAAGGAAUAAGUUCAGGGAGCAAGGCAGAUUAUAGGGGUGGUUUAAAGGGUUCCAGGGAAGUGGGGCCAAUGGAUGAAGCAGAUUAUAGGAAAGAUUUGGGGGUUCCUGAGGGAAUGGGUGCAGAUUAUAGGGGUGGCUUAAGGGGUCCUGGGGAGAUGGGGUCAGUGGAUGAACCAGGUCAUAGGAAUGGGACUGGAGGUUAUGGGGAAAUGGGGUCGGGUUAUAGGGAGGAUGUGGGGGCUCCUGAGGGAAUGGGCACAGGGAGCAAGGCAGGUUAUAGCGAUGGCUUAAGGGGUUCUGGAGAAAUGAGGUCAAUGGAUGAGGCAGGUUAUAGGAAAAAUUUGGGAGCUCCUGAGGGAAUGGAUUCAGGGAGCAAGGCACGUUACAGGGGUGGUUUAAGGGGUUCUGGGAAAAUGGGGUUAAUUGAUGAGGCAGGCUCUAGGAAAGAUUUGGGGGUUUCUGAGGGAGUGGGUUCAGGGAGUAAGGCAGGUUUUNGGGAUGGUUUAGGGGGUUCUGGGGAAAUGGGGUCAGUGGAUGAGGCAGGCUACAGGAAGGAUUUGGGGGCUCCUAAGGGAAUGGGUUCAGGGAGUUAUACAGAUUACAGGAAUGGUUUAGGCGGUUCUGGAAAAAUUAGUUCAGGAGGUGAGGCAGGUUAUAAGAAUGUUUUAGGGGGUUCUGGGAGGAUCCCAUUAGGGAGUGAGGCAGGUUCUAGGGGUAGUUUGGAGGAUUCUGGGUACAUUUUGUCAAGCAGUGAGGCAGGUUGUGGGCAAGGCUUUGGGGGAACUGGUGGCAUGGGGUCAGGGAGUGAGGUCAGUUAUAGGGGAGGCUCAGGAGGAUCUGGGGAAAUGGGGCCAGAGGGUGAGAUGCGUUAUGGAGAUGGUUCAGGGAGGCUUGGAGUACCAGGCUCACUAGCUGGAAUAGGACCUGAGGCUGGACCCAGAGGCCACAAAGCCAUGGGGCACAGGUCAGGAUAUUGGGUAGCAUCAGAGGGUGGCACGAGCUGCAAGGAUGGUCCAGAGCGAGCCAGGGAAACAGGGCUUGUGGAUGGGGCAGGACCUGGGGUGGAACCUGGGAUGGCUGGAAUGCUGGGCACUGCAGGUGGCAUGGCACAGAGAGACAGCCCCAGGGGCCCAAGGGUGCUGGGGUCUCAGGGAGGGCCACAGACUCUUUCAGAUGAGAGAGGCUCCACCAAAGAUCUUGGGAGCUAUGGAACCUCAGGGAUCCCUGAGGCCUUGGAGGCUGCUGGUGCCAAGGGAAAACCAGAUGUCAAAGAAUGGCAAGAUAGUUCUGGGACUCCAGGGUCUUCUAGGGACAGAGGGGCUCCCAGGGCAAAGGAUAGGUCUCCAGACCAAGCAGGGAUUAUGGGGUCUUCUGGGUUUCUUGAUGGCAAGGGGGCAGUAGAAGGUGAAACCUGGGCAGGAAUGGCUGCUCUGGGGUCUGGACAUGAACAGGACAUCUGGAAAGCAGGCCCAGGAAUGACAGACAGGGGUAGAGUUGCUGGCCAGGGGAGAUUGGCAUCUCAGGGAGGCGGGGACUCACUUUUGGGAGGCAGAAGGAUAGGCUCAAGGAGCUCAGCGGGGACAGGCCAGGAUCUGGACAGCAGCUCUAUGCCUGGGGAAAGGGGCAAGUCAACAUCAGGGCCUGCUGAUGGACUAGGAAUGAGCAAUGCCUGGGCUCCUGACUGGGAAAACCAGGGGUUUAGCCGAGGCAGCAUAGGUGCUGGGAAGCAGCCCGCAGGCUCCAGAGCUUCCGGUUCUCUGCAGGAAAAAGAUGCCGCUUUUGGUGGGAUCCAUGAAGGGCCAGGGGGCUUUAAGGGCAGGGAGGGUACACCAGGCCAAGAGGUGGCUGGUGGAUGCCGAAGCCCAUGGUCCCUGGAUAGCAAAGGUUCAAGUCGUGGAAGGGGCAGUUCUGGUGGUGCAGAGGACUCAGGUAUCCUGGGCAAGGGGAAUUCUACUGAGUGGGGGAAUGCUGUCAUCCCAAAACCUGGGGAGUCAGGACCUCAGGGAGCCUGGAAUGGCUUAGAUGGUCCCUUUGGCAGAAGAGCCUCUGGAGAUAGGUCAGGUGGGGCCCAGGACCUGAGCUCUCAGCUAGGCAAGGGACAGAGAGGAGGAAAGAGGUCCCUCGGGGAGCAGGGGUCCCUGGAGGCUGAGGAUGGUGAGGUCCAGGAUCCUGGGGCCCUAAAGGAGGAUGAGGUACAGGGAGUGGAAGAGGCUGGGAGGUCAGGCAGGAGGCCUGGCUCACUUAGGAGCAGGUCUCAGGCACAGUCAGGGGCUGAGGUGGGAGGAGGAAAGAGAAGGGGAGCGGAUGAGGCUGGAAGCAUGGGAUGGCAGUCUAUGGGGGAGAACCGGGGGUGCCUGGAGGAGAUGCUGAGUGAAGAUCAGAGCCGGGAGCCCCCCAGUCACCUUGGUAGCAGGAGAGGUGGCAAAGAUGGCAGGUUGGACAUCUAUGGAGAGAGGAGAGAUGCUACCCAGAGUUCCACAUCCAGAUAUAAGCCUGGCACUGGCAGUUUCUCCAAGGAGGCCCGAGGCCACUUCUCCCAGGGCCUGGCUGACAUGAAGGUGCAGCAGGGGGAGGCUGCCACACUCUCCUGUAUCCUCACCAGUGACCUGGGACCCGGCACCUGGUUUAAGGAUGGCGUCAAGCUCACCGCCCAGGAUGGAGUCAUCUUUAAGCAAGAUGGUCUCGUGCACAGCCUCUUCAUCGCGCGCGUGCAGGGGACCCAAGCCGGGAGGUACACCUUUGUAGCUGGUGACCAGCAGAGCGAGGCCACUCUGACCGUCCAGGAUUCCCCUACCAUUGCUCCAGAUGUGACAGAGAAACUGAGAGAGCCACUGGUGGUCAAGGCUGGGAAGCCGGUGACAGUGAAGAUCCCCUUCCAGAGCCACCUCCCCGUUCAGGCUGCCUGGAGAAAGGACGGGGCCAAGGUGGUGGGCAGUGGUGACAAGGAGGCCCAGGUGGACCUGGGGGACGGCUACACGCGGCUGUGCCUCCCCAGCACAGGCAGGAAGGACAGUGGCCAGUACAGUGUGACGCUGAGGAGUGAGGGAGGCUCUGUGCAGGCCGAGCUCACCCUGAAAGUCAUAGACAAGCCUGAUCCCCCACAAGGCCCCAUGGAGGUUCAGGAUUGCCAGAGGGCUGGGGUCUGCCUCUGCUGGCGGCCCCCAAGGGAUGAUGGGGGCCAGCCUGUAGAGUGCUACGUGGUGGAGAGACGGCAGGCUGGCAGGAGCACUUGGCUGAAGGUGGGCGAGGCCCCCGCUGACAGCACCACCUUCACGGAUGCCCAUGUGGAGCCAGGCAGGAAGUAUGCCUUCCGAGUGCGGGCUGUGACCUCGGAGGGGGCUGGCGAGGCCCUGGAGUCCGAGGAGAUAUUGGUGGCUCCUGAGGCUCUCCCCAAGGCCCCUUCCGCGCCAGCCAUCCUGUCAGCCUCCAGCCAGGGCAUCACGCUGACAUGGACGGCACCUAGGGGCCCUGGCAGCGCCCACAUCCUGGGCUACCUGAUCGAGAGGCGUAAGAAGGGGAGCAACACCUGGACAGCAGUGAACGACCAGCCAGUGCCUGAGAGGAGGUGGACGGUGGCAGACCUGCGGCAGGGCUGUCAGUACGAGUUCCGGGUCACAGCUGUGGCUCCCUCAGGCCCUGGAGAGCCUGGACCCCCAUCAGAUGCCGUCUUUGCUCGGGACCCCAUGAGACCUCCUGAGCCGGUGAGGAAUCUCCAAGUCACAGACACAUCGAACACCAGCAUCACUCUGAGCUGGGCUGGGCCAGACACCAAGGACGGGGACGAAGCCCAGGGGUAUGUGGUGGAGCUGUGUGGCUCAGACAGUCUCCAGUGGCUCCCGUGCCAUGCGGGCACCGUGCCAGUCACCACUUACACGGCCAAGGGCCUUCGGCCUGGAGAGGGCUACUUUGUGCGGGUGACAGCAGUUAAUGAAGGAGGUCAGAGCCAGCCCACUGCCCUGGACACAUUAGUGCAAGCCAUGCCUGUUACUGUCUGUCCUAAGUUCCUUGUGGACUCCAGCACCAAGGACUUGCUGACGGUCAAGGUCGGGGACACUGUUCGUGUGCCCAUCUCCUUUGAAGCCGUGCCCAUGCCUGAGGUGACCUGGCUGAAGGACGGCUUGCCCUUGCCCAAAAGAAGUGUGACCGUCACAAAGGAUGGCCUCACCCAGCUUCUGAUCCCUGUGGCUGGCCUCUCAGACAGUGGUCUCUACACUGUAGUGCUGAGGACCCUGCAGGGGAAGGAGGUUGCCCACAGCUUCCGUAUCAGGGUGGCAGUAUGUCCGCAGGCACCUGGGCCCAUCCACCUGCAGGAGAACGUGCCUGGGACGGUGACGGCUGAGUGGGAGCCCUCUCCGGACGAGGCCCGGGGUGUCCCGCUACACUAUACAGUGUUCACACGCUCCUCGGCACAUGGCCCCUGGCGCGAGGCAGCCGACCGCAUCCACACCAACCGCUUCACCCUCCUGGGCAUCCUCCCUGGCCACGAGUACCACUUCAGGGUGGUGGCCAAGAAUGAGCUGGGGGCCAGCAAACCCUCGUACACCAGCCAGCCCUGGUGCAUCCCCCGGCAGCGCGACAGGUUCACAGUGAAGGCUCAGCGCUACCGGGAGCCCGACCUGAGCCAGAAGCCCCGGUUCCUGGUGGGCCUGCGGUCCCAUCUCCUGCCCCAAGGCUGCGAGUGCUGCAUGAGCUGCGCCGUGCAGGGCUCGCCCCGGCCCCACGUCACCUGGUUCAAGAACGACCGCAGCCUGGAAGGAAACCCCGCAGUGCACAGCACUGACCUGAUGGGCGUGUGCUCCCUCACCAUCCCCAGCGUAUCCCUGAAGGACAGCGGCGAGUACAAGGCUGUGGCCGAGAACACGCUGGGCCAGGCAGUCAGUACUGCCACCCUCAUUGUCAUAGAACCCAGCGCCUAGCCUCACCUCACCCUGGGAUGGUCCUGGACCCUUGAAGCUUCACUUCUGACACCUGCACUGGCCUGGGAGGCCAAUCCCAAGGAUGGAGGCUGUGCCCAGAGCCCCAGGAAGACAAGAGUGAGAAGACUCCUGGUGAGGUUUUGGCCAGGAGGACAUGAAGUCCUUGGGGAAGAAAAACAAGGGAGGAGGCCAUUCUGCCUCCUGGCUCCAAGCUAAGUCACUCAACGGAAUGACAGUGAACCUCCUGGACCCUCAUCAUAUGGGUUUCUUUCUUCUUCGCUUCAGGAGAUCCAGAGGGCACCUGCCUGCAGGAUGGGCCAGCUCCUUAUUUUCCUGGGCUGAGCCCCUUGGAGGGAGGGUGGGCACAGCUGGGCCUGCUGUGACCACAGGGAGGGAAGAGGAGAGGAGGUCAGAGGACCUGGGUGAGGACAAGGGCAUCAAGGGUGUGUGUGUGGUGG